AAGUCAUUGUCAGGUUGGCGCUUCUCGAGUGUGAGUCGCUACUCCUCCGCCAACAGACGAACGACGUGGCGAGGUUCCAAAACCUACCGAGAGCAAGUUGCUAACGACGACGGCGACGACGACGAAGGCGUAAACGAUGCCUGGCCUUCAGGCCAACGGCUCUUCCGGGGCUCUGUCAUGUCCGAUCUGCUCAGCCAGACAUCUGCCAAGCAGAGGGAGCCUCCAGAAUGGAAUCUACUCGUGCACGUGCGAGAAUUGUGGGCAUUUCUUCAAGUUCAGGGCCGUUGGUGACGUCAAGAAUGACAUCACAAUCACCAUAAAUGGAACGGCGUACAAAGUGCAUGUUGCAACUGUACACGUGUGACGGUAUUGAAGUGACCACGAUCGAGGGCCUGGGAAACACGACAACCGGACUGCACCAACUCCAGAGGAGAAUGGCCGACUAUGACGGCGCACAGUGUGGCUACUGCACACCGGGGCAGAUCAUGAAUAUGUAUGGUUUGCUACAAAGAAACCCCAAGCCCACCAUGAAGGAGGUGGAAGAUGUUUUCGACUCUACCAUCUGCAGAUGCACAGGCUACCGAUCAAUUCUGGAUGCCAUGAAAUCGUUCGCCGUUGACGCCCCUAAGAAGCUGAAAGGCGGACUUAUCGACAUUGAAAUGGUAUCCUGGGCGGGGAAUCUUGACCUGAAAAGACGCCAUCACGACUUCCCUUCUGACGUUUUCACCAUGUUGGAGACAAUUGGAGCUCAGGUCACAGUUGCCGACGGGAAUGGUGUGAGCACACAGUACUCCCUGACCCAAUUCCUGCAAGUGGACAUGAAGGGUAAGGUCAUCGUUAGCCUUCGUCUCCCCCGCUACCAAACUAAUGACGUCAUUGUGCGCACAUACAGGACCUCCCCCAGACUUCAGCUCUGUGCCAGUUACAUAGUGAGUGGGUUCAACUUCCGGGUCAACAGUGCUGACAACUUCCGGAUCAUAGGCAAGCCAACGAUUGUCAUUCUUGGCAUCAGCGGAUCACUGGUUCACGCUGUACAAACCGAGGGUUACCUGACAGGCAAACAGCUCGGAGAUCCAGCAGUCCUAAAAGGUGCGUUGAGCACUCUGUCGGCGGAGCUCAUCCCAGACUCUGGCACAACACUGGCCAGUCCUACAUACCGGAAGUCGCUGGCUAUUGGUCAAUUCUACAAGUACGUCCUUGAGGUUUGCAAGACCAAGGUCAACCCACGCUACGUCAGCGGAGGUCAGCCAUUGGACCGUCCAGUGAUGACGUCAUCACAAACUUACGGCACUCUCGACCCGAUGGAAUACCCAGUGUCAAAACCCAUGCACAAACUGACGGCGGACUAUCUGACAACUGGAGAAGUCCGCUUUAUGGACGAUCUGCCCAUCAUCCCUGGUGAGCUCUUUGUGGCUGUGGUUCUGAGCACCCAGGGAAAUUGCAAGAUCAAGAGCAUCAACCCUUCUCAAGCUUUGGCCACGCCUGGUGUGGUCAAGUUCAUAGAAGCUUCGGACAUCCCUGGCAAGAACAACUGGAGACCCGAGGGCUGGUACGGCCCCACAAACCCACUAGAGCUUCUGGCCAGCAGCCAAAUUGGUUUUGCAGGACAACCUAUUGGACUCGUGGUCGCUGAGAGCCAGACCAUUGCUGAGAACGCCAGGUUCGGAGUCCAGAUAGAGUACACCGACCUCCAACCGGUCGUCACAGACUUACGAGAAGCCGUUCAGAAGAAACAAUUCUUCAAAGCAAACACCUACACCAAGGGAGAUGUGAAAGCGGCUCUUGCUUCAGCCCCUCACAAACUGACCGGAACCAUCUAUUGCGGUGACCAGUUCCAUUUCUUUCUGGAGACUCAGUGCUCACUGUGCCAGCCCUCCGAUACCGGGGGGAUGGAGGUUCGAGCCACAACCCAAUGGACGGAUGCUGUGCAGGAGGCGGUGGCUCAGAUCCUGGGGCUGCCUGGCGCAAGCGUGACUGUUGAGAACAAGCGCCUGGGCGGAGGUUUUGGCGGGAAAAUCAUCUACAAUAACCCUGUGUCCGGCAUGUGUGCCCUGGCCGCUCAUCUCACCAGACGACCUAUGAAGAUGAGACUUGACCUGCACACCAACAUGAAGAUGCAAGGAAAAAGGACUGCCUACUUCGCCAAAUACGAGGUUGGCUUCGACAACAAUGGUCGCCUUCUAGGAAAUGACGUGACAAUGUACGGGGACACAGGCUAUGCGUUCACCUUCGAUGCCUAUGAGGGGACUGAGAGGUGGAUAGACAACGCCUACUACUGCCCCAACUGGUCAUUUACGUUCCAGCCGUGUAAGACAAACAAACCAGUGAGCACACCAUGCCGAUCCCCCGGCUCAAUCCCCGCCAUGUUUGUCAUGGAGUCCAUCAUGGAUCACGUGGCCAAGAGCCUGAACAAGGACCAGCUGGAGGUCAAGAAGGUCAACCUCUUCCAAAAAGGACAGACAACACUGAGGGGUCUAGUGCUGGACUACUGCAUCAUGAGGGAGGUGGUGGCGCAGUUAGAACAGGACAUAUCACUGGCCAGCAGGAAAGCCGCUGUGGAAGUCUUCAACAAGCACUACAAGCCUCCCCUGGGCAAAGACCUCCCCAUCAAGUUUAACAUCAAGUUCAUGAAGGAUGACCCAGCCCCACAGGGCGUCCUGAGGUCAAAGGCUGUGGGCGAGCCUCCUGUGGCACUGGGAGCCACUCCGCUGUUUGCACUCAAGCGAGCUAUAGAGGCCGCCAGGCGGGAGCUGGGCAUCAACCAAUUCUUCCCUCUGGAUGCCCCAUCCACCGUGGAAAUGAUCCAGAUGGCGUGUCUCAAUGAUGUCACCAAGUACACCCUGGGAAACUGAAUGGCGUGAAGGAGACUAGGUCACGGCAGCUGAACCAGAAGCUGGCCCUAGAGGGCUUAUUACAGCUCACAGUACUCUCCGAGUACUGAGUGAGUGAAGCAAGCAAAGAUCAAAGGGAAAUGACCAGAAGGAGUGUAACACCCAGCUUUGCUUUCAAAAUAAGGAGAGAAACAAGACCAUCGUAUAUUUAACUCACUCCAUGCCAAUUCUUAAUAUAUCGUCAAUACAGAUUACCAUGUCAAUACAAUACAUGAUGCAUCGCCAAUACAGAUUAACACCACGCCGAAGGUAAAAUGGUAAAUGAAUGGGCCCAAAACCCAGCUUAGCCUUUAAAAAAAGGAGCGAGACAAGAUUUUCGUAAUAUCUAACUCAUUCCAUGUCAAUACUAGAUGUAUCAUCAAUGCAGAUUACCAUGCCAAUAAAAUAAAGAUGUAUCACCAAUACAGAUUAUCACGCCAAUCCACGAUGUAUCGCCAAUACAGAUGACUGUGUCAAUAUAAUACAUGAUGUUUCGUCAAUUUAAAUUGCCAUGCCAAUACUGUACAUGAUGUAUCGUCAAUACUGAUUAACACCAUGCCAACGGUCAAAUAGUAAAUGAUGGAACCUAAAACCCAGCUCAGCCUUUUAAAAAAAGGAGCGAGACAAGAUUUUCAUAAUAUCUAACUCAUUCCAUGUCAAUACUAGAUGUAUCGUCAAUGCAUGUUACCUUAUGCAGUUGCGAGUGCCGUAAAACCUCUACUAAAACUAAAUGCAGAUUACCAUGCCAAUAAAAUACAAAGUAUAUCUUUAAUACAGUUUGCUAUUCCAAUACAAUUCAUGAUUUAUCGUAAACGCAGAAUACCAUGCAGAUUACUAUGUCAAUACAAUACACGAUGUAUCGUCAAUACGGACUACUAUGCUAAUCAACGAUGUAUCGUCAAUAUAGAUUACAGCGACUGUGCCAAUACAAUAUGUGAUGUAUUCUCUAUACAGAUUACCAAACCAAUCCACGAUGUAUCGUCAAUGCAGAUUACUAUGCCAAUGCAAUACAUGAUGUAUCGUCAGUACAGAUAACUAUGCCUAUGUAUUAUAUAUAGUCAAUAUCAGAUUCAUUUAAUUUUUCAUAGUUUUUGCUCAUUUCUCCUUCUUUUUUGGUAUAUAAUAAUAAUAUGGCCACUUUUGAUCAAAAUGUAUGCCCCCAAUGUGAGCUAUCCAACAGGCAUGUAGGCGAAUCAAAGGUUUGCCUGACAGAGACGUGGAAUUGACCCUAGCAUGGAGUGCUCUUCAUAUUAAUACGAAGUGAACUUAAUAUCUUUCAGUCAAUAUUGUUCCCUUGUAAACAAAAACCUGAUCAAGCUUAGUCAUGUAAUACUGGUCGGAUGUCGUCUGCACCCUAUUGAGAAACUUCCCUGAAAUCGUAUCGCCAUUGCGCAAGAAUGCACAGACAUAGAUCAGCCUCUUUGAUGAUAUACAUUGUGUCAAUGGGGCUGUAAAAACACUCAUAUUUAAAUAUAAAUUAGAGACGCAGUCUAACCAAGGGCCACAAUCUCCAUGUGAUACGCUUUUCUUGCUACACACUUUUACCUCCCCUCGUUAAUAUCCUUCUAUAAUAUCGUCUGCAGUGUGUUUCCUGUCUCAACAGAAAGGCAUUGCUCUCUGAAGCAAGUUGUGACGUCAUUGAAAGCCCGAGCUCACUCACGACUCAAAGCUGCAGCCUCCCACCCUCAUCCCACCCCUGAAAAGAUUAAUAAAUUAUUUUUGAAAACAAAUCUU